GUGGAAAAUGCAAAUGAAUCUGAUUUCAAUGCUUCUGUACCUUCUGAUGAGAUUCCUGCUGCUCUAGCUGAAAUUGAGAAGCAUGUGGAAGUGGAAAAUGCAAAAGCAUCUGAUUUGAAUGCUUCUGUUCUUUCUGAUGACAUUGUAGCUGAACAUGACAAGCAAGAGGGACAGCGUAUUGAUGAGCGUCAUAAAGCUGAAGUUGAACAUGAGAAGAAUGAAGAAAUUGCACAUGUUGCCGAGGGGGGUCACCAUGCUCACGUUGAAGGUGUUGACAUGUUUGAAGCAUGUACUGAUGAUAUUGGGCAGGAGGGCCAAAUUGGUGACGUGCAUGAAGUGGAUAAUGAAAAUAAUUCCGAGAAUCAUGACUCUGUAUCUUCUGAUAAGGCAUAUUGGGAUGACGUGGUGGAUGAGUGGCAAGCUGCCGCUAAAGGGGACUUGGAGGCUGAGGCGAGUGAUGUGGGGAUGAAAAGGAAAAAGUUCGCCUCUAAGUUCAUGCUUAGCCCUUUCACCGAUCCUAACCCAAAACGGCUGAAAGGCGUGAACAAAGCAAAGGAUAAUCUCAGUCAAGUAGAUGAAUGGACUGAUUUUAAGAAUUGGGUUGAAGCUGAUGACAGUGUUUCCCCUUCAAGUGUCAUGCUACGUGUCC